AUGAAUCCUAGUUUGCUAUCGAAGGCCGCCGCUCCUGCGCGUGUGCUGGCGCAAAAUACACCUAAGCUUCAGUGUUUAAAGAAAGGUGCCCAGCUUCACACUGCGGCAUGGCGGGCCGGCUCUGAAACCCGAUCUACUUUGAGGAAGAGGACUCGAGCUCCUUCAGCGAAGCGGUUGUUCCAUGCUACAAAUGCCGUCCAGCAGAAGGAUCCUUACCAAGCUCUUGGUGUUAGUAAGAGCGCAUCGGCCGGCGAGAUUAAGAAGGCAUACUACGGCCUAGCGAAAAAGUUCCAUCCCGAUACGAAUAAGGACCCCCAGGCCAAGGACAAGUUCGCCGAUAUUCAAUCCGCAUACGAGAUUCUGUCAGACCCCAAGAAGCGCGAGCAGUACGACCAAUUCGGUGCCGCUGGCUUCGAUCCCAGCGGGGGAGGUGCACCAGGCGGUGGUGGUGGUUUCGGUGGAGGGCAUCCAUUCUCUGGCUUUGGAGGAUUCGGUACACAAGGAGGUUUCGGCGGCUUUGGCGGACAGGGAGGUUUCGGAGGCGGCGUCAACUUCGAGGAUAUCUUUUCAGCGUUUACCGGACAACAAGGCUUUGGCCGCCGUGGACGACAGCAAGCUCAUCAGCAGGAGAUCUUGGUCGGUGACAAUGUCGAAGUUCAAGCGACUAUAAGCUUUAUGGAGGCGGCUAAAGGCACCAGCAAGACGAUUUCGCUCACACCACUCAGCACAUGCGGCACAUGCAAGGGUAACGGUUUGAAGGCCGGCACAUCGAGGAGUGCCUGCAGUGCUUGUGACGGAACUGGGACUCGAGUACACUUCAUGCAGGGUGGCUUCCAAAUGGCAUCUACUUGCGGAACUUGUGAUGGUACUGGUACGGUUAUUCCCAAGGGAGCUGAGUGCAAGACAUGCUCAGGAGAUGGCGUUGUGAGGGAGAGAAAGUCAAUCACGGUGGAUAUUCCCGCCGGUAUCGAGGACGGUAUGCGACUUCGAGUUGACGGUGCUGGUGACGCGCCUGCUACUGGCCGAUCUUCCGACCCCAAUGCUCGUGGCCAGAAUGGAGAUCUGUAUGUCUUUAUCCGAGUCACCAAGGACCCCAAGUUCCGUCGAGACGGCUCCAACAUUCUUUACACUGCCAAUAUUCCUCUUACAACAGCCUUACUGGGUGGCCAUGCAGAGAUCCCUACUCUGGAUGGAACAGUCAAUGUCAAGGUUGCCACUGGCACCAACACUGGUGACAAGAUCACACUUCCCGGUAUGGGAAUGAAGCGUCUCGGUUCACGACGUGGUGUCAACGGUGAUCUCCGUGUUGAAUACCGAGUUAGCAUGCCCAAGUAUUUGACGGCUAACCAGCGAACUAUUGUUGAGUUGCUCGCCGACGAAAUGGACGACAAGACUGCCAAGCGCGUGAUGGGCGUCGGUUCUUCCAGGGAUCCAAAUGACCCUGAAUCGCACAAGAAUGAGGGCUUCCUCAAAUCGCUUUGGCACACACUGACCAAUAAUCCCGCUCACCAAAAGGCGAAUGAGGAUUCUAGCAAGAAUGACGACUCAAGCAAGAAAUCUGAUGAUAAGGAUAAGAAAUAA